GGACGUCCAGGAAGUUCAUAAACACACCCGUGAUCCUCUGAAUUUGGAGUCGGUGAUGGUUUUGCAGAUGUCGGAGCCAGAGAAAUCAGGCGUGCGGAAGGUGGCUAGGCUUCUGACGCACUGCAGCCCGAAAAAGUACUUGAAUUUCAAGGUGAAGAUGUUUGAUACGAAAGAUUUGGAUUAUGUGGGAGGAGAGCUUGGAAGUGCACCACGCAACAACAACCACUUGAGCCUUUUGUCGACCAAACUCAGCUCCAUGGUGAUGCAGACGGAUACCGAGUUCCAGGUUGGCAGCUGGGCUUCAUUGGGUGGCAGUGAGGCUGCAGCAGACUUCUUGAAGUUGAAGCAAGAGGCUGGAAUGGUUUUGCUCGGCACCGAGACGACCCAGACCUGCACGGAAGCCAAAGAGCAAGAAGCGGAGAAGAUUUGUGCCAAACACCUCCCGAAAGAUGACGAUCACGCAGAAGUUUUCAGCGACUGCGUCUACGAUGUCUGCCGUGGAGGUGGAGAAGAAGAUGCCCUGAGUGCCGCUGCAUUGAUCUCUGCCUAGGUCUGACCUCAUGUCAGAUGGGCCGUUUCAACUCUGUUUUGAAUUCCGUCUUGAAAACAGAGCUAGCUAGGCCAGUCAGAGUUUUGAUGUUGCUUUCAACGCUGCCCCGUGGGCUUGUAUUAUAUCAUGUUCCAGAUUGAUCAGAUUGCGAGCACACGCCUCCAAAAGCGGAGUCGUCCGCCAGCUGCAUCACACCGUCGUUUGUGCAGGGUCGCUGACCAUACUCGAAAC